UAACAUUUAAGAGCCUGAAUGAUGCAGUUGCAUUAUAGAUAUAAGACCUCUGUAAAUUUUUUUUCAUGGAGACAUUCAACAUCUCUAAACCAGUGAAAUAAUGUUCUGCACACCAGAGUAUACACAGAACGUGUCCUUGCGACUGUCCAAUGUGCUUGACGAAAUAGGUGUAAAUGACAACAUUGUGAUGAAGAGGAGAAACACAGUGCUUACAGAGGAGUCUUUGAGGACAGUGACCAAAACAUUAGAAGGUUUGGAUACAACAUUGUUUCAUUUUGGCAGUCGUACAGAAGGCACAACUACAGCAGGACUUCUACCAGACUCUGAUACCCUGGUCUGUGACAAUCACUUUAAUAUCAUGCAGGAUCUUGGAGAAUGGCAACAAGGUUUUACUAAUCUGUUAAUGGUUCGAGACGAGGAUACUCCACCUGGAUACUGUUUGCUACAGAAAACAUACGAGAAUGUCCCCCUACCUGUUGAUUAUACGCCAAGCAAUGAUUUUGUUACAGACAGGAGAAGAAGAGUUGUCAUGAAGAAUUCAUGGUUUGUCGACAGAAUCCCUGAAGGAUGCACAAGGCAUGGUCCUUCACAGUCACUGAGAGGCAUACCAGGCUUUGCUGAUGAUGACCUAGUGUAUGCGUACUACUGUAAAUCCUGGCCACUUGAGGCAAUGCCUUGGUUACAAAGAGGAAGUGUAGGAAACUGGCCCACUGAAGAAAUAAAGAGACAAUCUGUGAAUGACGGAUGUUUUGUUGUUCCAGUUGGCAAAGUAGGUACUCAAGAUGAAGAACUUCAAUGGAGAAUAUCUACUUGUCUCACAGAACGUACAUUAAUGUUCAGUUUAAACAUUUCUCAAAUUAGAUGUUAUGUAUUAAUGAAGAUGAUCCUGAAAUCUUACCCUAUCCUUCAUUCUGAUGAUGCACUCUCAACUUUUAUUUGUAAAACUGUUUUGAUACAUUGCAUUGAAAGCACUCAGGCAAAUUUCUGGCAAGAUGAUAACUUAUUAUCAAGUUUAAAUUUCUGCUUAAAAUUUCUUUACAACUGUGUGUCAUUUGACCACUGUCCACACUUUAUUAUACAUGUGAACAAUCUUAUGGCAGGACGCAUUCCACCUGAUAUCAAACCACAGAUACUAGAGGGAAUACGUCACAUUAUACUGAGUAAUGGUAGAGCUUUACUGGAGAUUGAAAUUGACCAACUUGGUAGGAGGUUAAGUGGACAACUUGGUAGGAGGCUUAGUCGACAGUUUCAACUUGUCUUACCAUCAGUUCAAUUUUACUGUCAAAAUCUAUCAGGAAAUCUUCUUCAUAAUUUUAUGCUGCGCCUGAGUGCAUGCAAUAGAGAGUUUCUAUCAGACUUGGCACAAUGUAAGACUGAAAUUGUUGUCCAAACUUUAUCACAGUCUAUUGACAAACUGGGAGGCAUACAUCUUGAAGGCAAUGAAUUUGAACAAGCAGCCAGUAAACUUCUGUCACCAUUUCUAUGCAUGUCGCUAGGAUCAGUUCUGGCAUCACACAGUAUUUCACUUAACAGAUUUAUACCACGAGAAGCUUUUGCCUUGUUAUUGCAAGGGUCCAAAGCAGAUCUCUCUUCUAGACUGAAAUGUGCAUCAGUGUUCUAUUGUACAGGAAACAUGGUGCAGACGGAAUAUAUUCUUAAAGACAUUGAGGAACAAUACAAUUUAGUAAAUGUCCAAUCAGUCUGUUGCUGCUACCAAGAGCAAGGACAAUCCCCGGGGAAAUCUUUCAUAACAGUGUCUGCUGUUGGAGAUAUUGAAGCUGUUAUCAACUACACUGGAUUCUGUGUGAGGUACUUGCCCUAUGAAUUUAACUGUAUUCCAGAGGAGCUUCAGCAUGAAUUGUUUAGAUCAGAAUUUGACAUGCAUCAAAACAGAGGAAUGCAUGACGACUGGAUGGACUGGGUUGCGGUAGACUCCAUUCCUUACUUUUACUUCUUACAAUACAAGGUCUACAGUAGCCUGGGAGAUAUAGAGCAACAACAGAGAGCUUUCACUAACUUGAGAAGAAGAACAGACACAGACUUAAGCCUGGGACACCGAGAAACAGCCUUGAAUCUACUUGGACAAUGUAUGGAGGAGGAGGACAGACUUGAGGAUGCAUUAAACUGCUACACAGAAUCUACAAACCUACAUCCGACCAAUAAUGCUGCAAAUUUUCAUACAAGCCAAGUUUUACAGAAAAUUCAUGACCGUCAAUAGAUUAAUCUGCUAUUUCAACUUAACAAUUAUCAGAAUGGUGCACUGAAAACCAUAUGAUCAAAUGUUAGUCUCCAUGUCUAUACAGCUCUUUUUAUUGCAGUUUAACUCUUUCAUAUGCAAAAUCAGUACUGAAAUAUUCUUUUUAUAUUUUAUCUUGGUCAAGUUUUAAGAUAACAGUUUGAAUAUCUGAUUAUUUGAGAUGCACUAUUUCUAUGGGUCAAUAUACAUACAAUCUUUUCAGUCCUAUUAAAUGCUUGUCUAUACCAACUUUACCAGUCUAGGUCAAGUAUGACUAAAACUGGAAUGGAGUAACAUAUUUAUUUCAUUUCACAAAUCAUUGUAACACAGUCUCUUAAUGUUCAACAUCAGUUUUCAAUAGAUAUUACAAAUACAAACUUUUCCUUCUUCUUUACACUAACAUAAUAAAAUGGUGAAAAUG